CUGCUGGGGAGGCCCGGGGGGCUGGGGAGUCUCCCGGCCCGGCCGGGUGACACCGGCUGGGGCUCCGGCCGCAGCGACAGGGGCCGGGCCGUCGCGUGACUGGCCGGAGUCACGCUGUGCUUAAUCACAAUUAGCUUGUGCUCCAGGCUGGCCGCGCUCCCAUUUCUCCCAGCCGGUGACCCCGGGGAUUUCUCUUAUGGUGGCUUUCUCUGAAAUGCCAAAACCACCCGAGUAUUCAGAACUGAGUGACUCUUUAACGCUUGCCGUGGGAACAGGAAGAUUUUCGGGACCAUUGCACAGAGCAUGGAGAAUGAUGAACUUCCGUCAGAGGAUGGGCUGGAUUGGAGUGGGAUUGUAUCUGUUAGCAAGUGCAGGAGCAUUUUACUAUGUUUUUGAAAUCAAUGAGACUUACAACAGGCUGGCCUUGGAACACAUUCAGCAGCACCCGGAAGAGCCCCUUGAAGGAACCACAUGGACACACUCCUUGAAAGCUCGGUUACUCUCCCUGCCUUUUUGGUUUUGGACAAUUAUUUUUCUGAUACCUUAUUUACAGAUGUUUUUGUUCCUUUAUUCUUGUACAAGAGCUGACCCCAAAACGGUGGGCUACUGUAUUAUCCCCAUAUGCUUGGCAGUUAUUUGCAAUCGCCACCAGGCAUUUGUCAAGGCUUCUAAUCAGAUCAGCAGACUACAACUGAUUGACACGUAAAGUCAGUCACCAUUUUUUCCUUACAAUUGCAAAACUGCCAGUACUAUACGGAGCCUGAUCACAAGACUGCAGUUUCUUCACAGAUCUCAGGAAGUUGUGGUGGGGCAGAGGCUUUCUAAAAAGUGUGACUAGGGGGCUGUCUUUAUCUGAAUAAUAAUGAAUUUUUAAGUGAAGCCUGAGAUACAGUUCUACAAAAUCAUGUUGAUAACUUCAGAUUUUGGAAGUAAAAUCGUGUCUUGUUAUUUGCAUUCUUUAGAAACUUGAAUAAGUACCUGAACUCCUAUUUUUAUUCUACUGUGCAGCAUAGUGAUGAUUCAGAAAUUUUUCCUUUGGGGAAAAAAUGAAUAUGAACAUUUCCGUUGUGCUUAAUGUAAAAAGGUCCAAACAUGGUCAUAAAAUUUAAAUUUUAUACAAUUACUUGGCUUGCUUUAAAAUUCUUCACACAAAAGCACCGGUUCAACCUGUUGUAAUUAAGCCAACUAUUUAUGCCUGCUUGCUAUCAGUUUGUGAGAAAUUGGUAUAAAAUUACUGAGGUGAUGGCUGUCUUGAUAAGCAAAGUUUGUGCUUCCUUUUGGUAAUGCUACUGGCAUUAUCAGCAUUAUUAAUGCUACUAGUUUUUUAAAAAUUACUUGGGAAGAAACUAAAUGUUUGAUAGUUGAGAAAUCUUACACACAGAAGAUGGAAACAAGGCGUUCAGUGAAAAUAUUUAGUCUGGUCCUUGUCAGAUGUGUGACCCCCUCUAAAAUACUACCAAGUUGUCAGCCUUCUGAUUUUCUUUUCUGGCCUAAGGUCCAGUCUUCAGGUCUUCAGGCAACAGGUGAAUUGCAUGAAGAUGUGAUCUUUGUACUCCCUCCUUUGCAUCUGUACUUGCUACCUCAUGUCUGGUACCAAUACAAAUAACUAAAACAUGGAAAUAUCAGAUUUUAGGAUUUUUUUCCUUUUUUUUCUGGGUGGGAUCAAGAUGUAUUUUUAUACAGUUGUGUCAUUAAUACCAAGGAAAUGUUUUACACUGACAGAUUUUAAUAAUAAUCAUGACCUUUUUUGGUGCUUAUUCUAUUGCACCCUGUUCUAAGAGGUUUACAUGAACGAUCUCAUUUAAUCCUCUCAGCAACCCUAAGAAAACAAUUAUCCAGAUUUUACUGAUAAAGACACUGAGGUAGAGACGUUAAGUAACUUGCCUGGUAAGGUCACACACCUGGUAAGCAGCAGAGGGAGAGGUAUGACCAGGCCUCUGAUGCUUUGUUCCUAACCACUGACCUAUAGUCCUCACAAAUGACGUGUUGCACGGUGUUGUCCGCCCAGCCAUGCCGAAGAGUGGGACUGGCAUUAUGGAAAGAUUUUUCUCAAUUCAUAUGAGCUACUGAAAAUCUAAAAGUGUUCUAACAACCUCAGCGUUCAGUGUUUGACUAGAAUGGAAGGCUGAACGUUCCACAGCAAGCUUCACUUGAAAGAUAGAGCAAGUGCCUUUGCAAGUCAAAAGCACCCCGAGGAUCCUUCUCCAGGUAAUCAAUCUCACUUCCCCUUUACUUCUUCCAGAGGUCUAGUGACUGAAGUGAUACAGCUUUUGCUACAAUACACUGAAUCUCCAAAGUAGGCAGCAGUUUGAAAUACCCGUUUCUGUGAGGGUCAGAUAACCAAAUCACUUGGUGUCUUUUGAGUUCUUAACUAGUAGUGUGCACACUGUGGGCACUGUUUUCUGAGUGAUUUCCGUGUUUCUUCACAACAGGCCUAUGAGGCAGGUACGUGCUGGUACUAGUGCCAUUUUACAGGAGAGGAA